AUGUGGGGUCUUGUUUGAUGUCCUCAUCAGGGCGUGCGAGCAGGACGAGCAGAUGGGCUUCAGCUUUGUUGGGCUCCUCGAACAUCACGGUAGCAAGUGGGCUGCAUUUCCGGCACGCAGGAAGGGCAGCCAUCCCCGCCAGGCGCGACGCUCUCCUUCACCCGUGUCAGCGCCGGCGCCACGUCGCGUCGAGGUCAACAUGACUGGCGUCAUGGCAGAAAGCGACUUGAACAAGCUUUCGCAGCAGCCGAAAACGAAGGGAGAUAGCAAAACGAAGAUGAAAAAGGCGAAAGCGAACACAGAUAGCAAUAAGAGAGCACUCUUUGUGGACAAUGAUGGUGAUGCGGACACAAAGGCCAACUCCAAGAGACCCAGGACAGCCACUGCAGGUUCGGCAGUGUCAGAAGGCAGCCUCGUCGCGUACGAGAAUGGCCGCCUCGUCAUGAAGCAGAAGGCCAUGCCAUGGGCCAUGUGUCACGAAACCUUGCAAGGUCUUCUUGACGCAUCGAUCAUGCUCGCCAACCAGCAAGUUCUGCAAAAAUGGCCAGAUUCACUCCUCUAUCUGGUGGGCCUUCUGGCGCAAGAUAGUGACCAGUCAAUCGUGCCGUUGUCCAAAUGUAUCCAAGAACGAGUAGCAUGUGGCCAGAUGCUCGACAAAUCUGCAGAUAAUGUGGAGGAGUACCUGCCCUGCUCCUGGAUACAGAACGCACUCAACAGGAUCGCUGAACGAGUCAACUACGGCCUUGAAUCGAAGGACAUUGUUGCUGUAUCUGACGCUUGGGGCACAAGCCCGAUCGUACCCGCUGCGUUGCAAAUCUGGUGCUGGGAGAUGAAGGACACCAGUAACUUACCGCCCGAGAUGCAACAAAGGCUGCAAGCGAGGCGGCAGGAGCGAUCGAAUGCUAAACAAGAAUCGCUUGCUGCCUUCUUGGCGCUCGAGCGUCGCGAUCAAGAUACCCUACUGUUAGGGAAGAAGCGCGCGGUGCUCAUCCAUGGCAUGCACACACCAACCAUAAAACGGCCACCGGCGAGCAGCGGUAGCAGCACUCACAACACUGAGAAGCUGAAGGCCACAGGCAAGCGGAAAAAUGAUACUAAAGCCAUCGAGGUCGCCUUGCUUGAGAGCAGUGAUGUGGAAGAUAUCGCACCAGCUGCAGUCACGCCGUUGAACAGCUGCGUCAGCGAAAGCACUGAGGUUCAAGGGAAUGUGAAAGCACAACAGCAGAAGGAGACAGAGCAAGCGAGGCAUGACGAUGAGCAAAGCUCGGCAUCCGAUGAUGAAAGUUCCGAUGCUGACAGUGAAGACUGUGAUGAUAGUGCACGGCCUAGCCCGAUCGGCAAGCCUCCGUCCGUGGCUGAGAAGGAGAAAGGAAAGAAGGGCAGCAAAGCGCAGAAGCUAAACUCGUCGUUGAAGCCGGCUGAUGGUGGGAAGGCCGAGGAGGGGCAGAAGCCAGAUGCAGAAUCCAAAGCCAAGGACAAAGAGGAGAGAGCUAUGCUGCGUGCGCAAAAGGAGCAGGAGAAGGAGGAAAAGGCGAAGCUGCGCGAGCAAAAGAGGUCCGAGCGCGAAACAGAGGACAAAGUCAAGGCAGAGAAGAAAGCCGAGCGCCAGGCGGCGAAAGCAGAGAAGCAGCGUCUGGAGGAUGAGAAGCAGGCCGAGAAGGAGAAGAAGGUGAAGGAGCAGGCAAGAGCCGCCAAUUUCUUCGCGUCGUUUCUCAAAAAACAGAAUCCGGAAGAUAAAGCUUCGGCCCCUAAGGCGCCAGAAACGCCCAAAACCGAUUUCGACAAGACGUUCCUACCGUGCAUCAUCAAGAAUCUCGCGCCCAUCAACAGGUUCAACAAUGAUCUCGGGCGAGAUAUUACCACCGAAGUCUGCUCGGGCGCGUAUGGGGGCACGCAACCGGGCGAGCUGCUGGCCGACUUCCGGUCCCGCUUGCCGCUCCCGCUUCGCCAGCGGCAGACGAAGGCGCCACUUAACGUGCGCCGAGGCUUCCAGCCCGACACGAGCGUUCGUGAGGUCAUGCACCUCGUCCGCGAGUCGGACGUGCUGGGUGAUGUCGCGGCUGAGAAGGCACGCAAAGGGCUAGCGAAGCUGCGGAGCCGCAGGAGGGUACCAAUCAAGUUGCUCCAGUUCCAUUCCGAUCGACGGCCCGGCUGGUACGGAACAUGGACAAGGUCCACGAAGAUCAUCGGCCCGCGCACGCCUUUCGGGCAGGACUCCGUGCAACUCGACUAUUCGUUGGACAGCGAUGCCGAGUGGGAGGACGAAGCUGGGAUCGAAGGCGAGGACCUGAUGGAGCUCGAAGAGGAAGAGGCAGAGAUGACCGGCUCUGACUCAGAUUCGGACAUGGAAGAUUGGCUCGACGACGACAUGGUGCUUGAGGAUCUGCCCGAGGACGAGGAGGAAGAUGACAACGAUGUCAUCUCCCUCGAGGAGCUCUGCCGCCCCGGCGGAGGAACAUCCAUCUCACCGUUAUGGGCACGUAAGGCCCCCAGCAAGCAGCUGGCAGGUGCCGCAGGCAGGGGGACGGUCGGGCCCAACAAGAAGAAGGGCAAGAAGAGGAGACAGCUCGGAAAGCGCUUCGAUUCAAAACUGAUUCCUUUCUCCGCUGGUCCGCACUGGGAGACGACACUCGGCACUGCGUCCUACUCAAGUUUCAAGCCGUACCAAAUUGAAUUUUUGAAUGAUGCAUAUCCCGGCCUCGACCCCUUCACAUUUGGCGCAGGCGUCAAAGAGACGGUCGUUGCGCGGCCUGAAGCGUCUGACUUUACAGCUCCCGCCGAAGUGGACAAGGUAACAACAGCGGCGCCGGGCGCGAAGAAACCUGUUGCUGCACCCAAAGCGCCAUUCCCCGAGACCCACACUGCGAACUUUGUGCGCGCAAUGCAGGGCACCAAGGAGCGCUAUCGGCUUAGCAAGAAUUUGCUCGUCGCCGAGCUGCACGAACACUUCGCGGAGAGUAUAGGCAAGUGGAUCACAAAGCGGGCUAUCGAGUUCAAGCUCGACGAGGUGGCCAUUAAGCCCAAAGGUAAAGCCUGGCAGGCCAAACCUGAGUACCAGAAGUACCUCUAAGCUAUACUGCUGCUAUUCCUUAUCCUGCAUUUCCAGACCUCGCCACCAGGCAUCCUCAAUGUACUAAUAUUUAGGGCCAUACGCACGACAAAU